AUGUCGCCCUAGUUCGCCUUUUUUUUUUUUUUUUUCGUGGAAAUGGCAGACGAUAUUUCGGAAGAUAUCUGCGAUGACUGGGAGGAUAUCGUGGAGAAUGGCGUAUUGGAAAAAGAAUUGGAACGACUAAAGGUGAAAACCUGCUCGAAAAACAGCGAGCACCCAACAUUUCACGCUGGGGACAUGGCCGUGCCUCGUGUGCUGCUCGAAGAUCCCCUUCGUACUCAAUACACUCCUACCGUGAAGAUUCUAAAAAGGCCGCCGGACGCGACCAAGUCUGGCGUCACCGCGAACGGCACCGGGAGCGAGAAAUCUCCGAACAGACAGCCCGUGAAAACCCUGCAACAGCGAGAGGCCGAGUACGCGGAAGCGAGGUUACGGAUAUUAGGAUCUGCGCGCAGCGAAGACGACAGUCAGAAAGAAAGCCCCACAGUCACUACGUAUUGUGCAAAUCCCUCUGAAAGCUGGCACGCCGGAGGGGAACAGGUGAUCCGGCAACCUCGAGGCCCCGACUGUAACUCUAACGGAUUCCAGCAACCAAGGAGGUAGCGUCCACCUUUCCGGGCCGACGGGUAGAUGCGACGUCUGCUUGCACUCGCUUAGGUUCUUCUCUUCCAACCCAUCUACCAUCCAGUCCCCCCCCCCCCCCCCCCCCCCAACCUCCCCCUUGUCCCCACUGCAGCGCUGCCUGAGAAAAGACCCGAGAAACACUGUUGCCCGAACGUGUAGAUAAAGACGGUGUUUUUGGCCUGCGAAAGGUUUGGACCAUCUUGAGCCCCUCCUCGCCAGGGACAAGUUCCUCCCAGUCUCUCUCUCUCUCUCUCUAUUCUUGGCUUUAAAAAAAAAAAAACGUGUGAUUACAAGUCUAUUGUAGGUUGCAUGCUAUUUUGCCUCUGCUGUUCUGCGUCAUUACUUGUACUACCGCGCUAUUUAUUUGCUGAGUGAGACGGUUAUUUUGUGUAGUUGUUGUGUGCCUGGUUUCUGAGCUACAAAGACGGGAAGACCCGUUCGGGGGGGGGGGGGGGGAAGUGACGUGUACUGGGUUGUCGGGCCUAGUUUUUUUUUUGUGUGUGUGCGAAAAUUGUCACGGAAGUACGGCAAUCGAAACUAAAAAAAUUGCAGCUAUGGCACACGUGUGACAAAAGUACAAAGUAUUGGAGAACAAAAAAAUGUCCAGGACACGAUUUGCCGCAUUGUUUGCUGCCCACCAGUGCGCUGCAUUUUUUUUCAAUGCCACAAUUGUUUUUUAACCAACGAGUUAAAGAAGAGGAAGUGCACGAAAUUAUGUUUUAUUUUUAACGAAACGUCCGCAUGAGUUUUUUUGGUUUUACGAGCAGUUUCUAAGCCGAAAGUAAUCCGCGCUACCACACGUACACGCGCGAUUUCUUGCCGUGCGAUCACUUCUUAGCCACUGACUACAGGCCUUCUUAUUGAGUCUUGCACUUUUAGACGGACUUGAAUUUAAUUGAACCCGUCUCGAAAUCAACAAUUUCGCAAUUGUAUUGCGCUAACUGGGACACAACUGGUUCUUUGAUUGGGUGCGCAUUGGGCAACAUUAUUCUGAUACGACAGCCAGUCCCAAUGACUUGGCUACCUCCUUCAAUUAUUAUUAAACUUUUCUUCACAAUAAAUGUUGCGGGGGUUGUUUGUGAUGUGACAGACGUUUUCUAUACCAGGAUGCCGCAGUAUUUAAUAGCAGAUCUACAUCAAUGCAAUGUGUGUCUAAUAGAAUGAGGUUUAUGAACAUGUGUGCAAGCUUCUUAAGAAGAAAUAAUAAUUAGCUUCCUUCUGGCCAUAACAUCUACUACUCCCAAUGAGGCCUUUUUUUUUUGGGAGCAACAGUAUAUUUUUCGUAAAGACAUUGUCCUCCUGUUAUCAAAAUGUUAUAUAUAUAUAUAUGUAUGUAUAUAUAUGUGAGUGUACAUAUAGUAUCAAGUAUAGAAGGGCACAGGAAUUGUAUUUUUCCAGCGACACAAUGGUUGUAUAUUUUUAAAAAUAACAAGGCAGUGAGUGGUCACUCUGUGAGCUACUUAAAAUGUGAUUUACAAGCUAGUUCCUCGAAAAUGAUCUUGAAGGCCGUUCAAAGGUUGUAAGGUUUGUCCCCCUUCGGGCUGAGGAGGGUCGAGUAUAAGAGAGAGGCUUGUGAUGUAGAAUAUAUAUAUAUAUAUCUUCUUUUGGCAUUAAUGGGGGCAUUGUUUGUGGGUGUUUGUCACAAUGAUUUUUAAACUUUUUUUUUCAUUUUUUUUCUUUUUCAUCCAUUCGAUCUCAUGUGCGUCUAUCUCGGAACGGAAAAAAAAGAUACAUUUGUUUUUGAAUACUCAAAGCCUUACAAACAACGUGCAAACAGAUUUUUUAACAAUCCCGCUUCCAUGUGUGUUUAUCCUUAACGCUACGUAACGGUACGCAUAAAUAGGUUUGUAUAAAAUGGUGAAAGAGCUGAAACAUCGAGACUGCUGUAUUUUGCAGAAAAAUAAAUUCUUCAUGCAGUCGGG